CUUCCAUAUACAAGACUACAAAGGUAGACUAUUAAAGCAACAUGGAAACUUAGAGAGAUUACGGCACAGAGAUUGAUAAUGUCUGCAAAUAGAACAGAAUCCUUGCACUUUUAUGACUAUUUAUGUCGCAAGAUCGGGUCUGAAAAAGAAGUGAAAGGUAGGAGAUUAACUUUUCUGGCUAUUGACAAUUUCAAUGAAGGUCAAAUGAGCAGUGGCAGUAAAAGUGAAGGACUUGAUUUAAAAGGUAGUGACAUUGAUGUGAUGUUCGUUGAUUUCCGCUUAAAAGUGUAUGAAUUUGAAACGGAGGCUGACAAAAGUCACAAGUCAGUGUUAUUUAUGGACAGAGAAGAUACACAUCCAUGUUUUACGCGUUUGUAUCUACGUAAUAGUUCCGAUAGCCCAAAUGAAAAUUACCUAAACAUGCUAGAGCCCAACGGAAGGAAACAUCAGUUAUCACAUGAACUCUAUAAACAAUUCCAUUUCGAAUUUUUAAAAACAAGAACUUAUUUAAAGAAAAUACAUGGACCGUGUUUAUCAGAUAAAGAUGAUAAUUUAGAUGUAGCAGUGUGUUUUAAGUGUGACAAUUGGUUAUCUGAUGUAGUACAAUGGAUAUAUAGACCACGUUACCCAUGGAUUUCUGAUGAGAUUAUUUAUAAAAUAACAAUGAGUGGUGUUUUGUUUGUUCCAAUUGGAUUUAAAGAUUCAUUACAUAAGGAUUUGGAAUGGCGUAUAUCAUUUUCUGUGGCAGAAAAAUUCCUAAUAUUUUCUUUCAAUCAUACUCAGUUACUUUGUUAUGCUUUGCUGAAAAUAGUCCUGAAAGAAAUAAUAGAGAAGGAAGAAGAUUUAAAAGGUUUACUGUGUUCAUACUAUUUAAAAACUUUGAUAUUUUGGAUUUCUGACGAAAUCGAUCCAACCUUUUGGAGACCAGAUAAUACUACAGAUUGUUUCAUGUCAUGUUUGCAGAGACUUUUAUAUUGUGUAGAGUAUUCAGUGUUGCUACAUUAUUUUAUUCCUGACUUUAAUUUUUUUGACUUGCGUUUAAGUGCAGAAUUAGAUACUAAGAAAAAGUUGACCAGCUUGCUUACGAAUUUAUAUCAACAAGGAAUUGAAUGUUUCUCAUCCUCUGAAACACUGCAUGAUUUCAAUAAUUGUUCCACUAAAAUCGACAAACCACUAAAUACUAAUAGUAGAUUAGUACAUGAUAUAUUGAAAAUUCCUUGUUCUUGUCAAUUUAUAAGUACUGAAAAAAGUAUUCCGAAACUACUGAAUUGUAUGCUUUACCAUUCUAAGACAGAAUUGUGCAGAGCUAUUUUUCUAUGCCAUCUGGCAAGAGCACACCAGUUUUACACAAGUCCUUAUAAUCAGUACAAAGAAAACAACAAACAACAGUACUAUAAGUACACCUCUGACCUCAGUCAUCUGGUGAUAGGUGUAUAUUCAGAUGCAGUAGUAGGAUGGUUGAUGUUGGCUUCUUUCUUCUAUGUUAAGAAAAAUUAUUUUACAGCAUUAGACAUUAUUCAUUAUGCUUUGUCAAAGUUAACAGAUGAAAAAUGUGAUAAUCUAUUUUCAGACAAGAUACACAAUAAAUUAAUAUUUUCACCAAAACAGGAAUCUGCAAUUGAAAUGAUGAAAAACCAAAAGCUAAUAUCAACCUUAAAAGCAUUUACUAUCACUCAAUUUCAGUUUGAAAGUGAUUCACAAAUCAUUCCAAAAGAACUAUAUCAAGAUAUAAUUGGACGUAAGAAUAAAUUUCAUCCUUUAGCGUUUGCUCAUUUUCUCCGAUUUUUGUGUUACUACCAUCUUCAUGAUCGUGUUUCAAGUGAAGAUGCUAUGUUACAGUUAACUGUGGUGUGUAAAGAAAUUAUAAGAACUGGUAUGGUCUAUGACCAAGUAGGCUAUAUACAUAUGAAAUCGUCCGUAUUUUGGGGGAUAGCAGCACAUAUGAUGGGUAAAACAAACACAGCGAAUGCGUUUUUUAAAAAACUUGCCAAAUUUGACAAAAAGAAUCUAACAAGUGCAGCAAAAAGAAUUCGUGGACUGAAAAUGGACCAGUGAUAAUCUAUAUUAGUUUUCAAUUGAGCUCCUACAAAAAAAAAGAUCAUUAUAGACUAGUUUAUGCCAAAAAAAAAAGAGAUGCAAGUAAAAACAACACAAAUAUCAGGUUAAGACAUGAUUCGCUGCAUGCAAUUAAUUUAGGUAACAUGUAUAAAAGAGGAUAUUCCUGAUUCUUUUUCACUAAUGUCAAGAAAUCUUUGACGAAAAAUAUACUCGUACAAUGAGUGUUUAAAGUUUUCGAAAUAUCCGAAACAUACAGUGGCUGCAUGGCAGGUGUCAAAAUUGCUUACACAGUACAACUCAACAUUAUCAAGCUCCAGACUAAAUAUAAAAUCAUUGCUUUAAAAAACAAAAUAAAACAGACAACAUAUUCCCUUUAUAUUAAGCCAGGAAUACUUUGACAAACAUUAUAUGUGUGUUGGCAUUUACUUUUGUUGUAGUUCAUUGUUUCUGUUGUUUUCCUCGUAAAGCUGAUGUGUUUCCCCUCAGAUUUAGUUUGUUACUCCGAUGUAUUUGUAUCGCAUUAUGACUAUUGAACAGCUGUAUAUAACUGUUGUCGUUAUUUCUACCCUUAUUUGCUUUUUUGGGCGAAUGGCUCGACAGACAGAUUUAAGGACGGUGUCCAGCGGUAACAAAAUUUAGUUUUAUCAUAUGUUUCUGCAACAGAAAAAUGUUGCCUUUGAAAACAACAAAUAAUGUAGUGUACGAAGAGGUAUUGGUGUUGUGUUUAAUUGAAUCUUUCAAAGGUGUAAAUUUAAGUCUUGUAAAGUUCAUGGUAUCUUUAGCGAGAUAUUGUAUCUUCAGAAAUAGAAAUUUACUUUAAAAUUUAAACAGUAAUGUUGAUCUUAUCGGACUAUUUAAAUACCUUAUACAACAUUAUAUAACUUAUCUGUAUGAAUACUAGUAUUUCUGUGGUAUAAGAUGUAUGAAAAAGUAUUAUAAUCACAUGCAAGAGACUGAAUGUGUCAUUGCAUUUAUGU